AAAAAAAAAAAUCAUCAGUGAAAUAAUCGAGGUUAUUGCCAGGGGGUUUACCCAGUCACGUCAUUGUCGAGUUUCGUCGGACACAAAAACGGCACGAUCGCCCGAGCACGAUUUAUUAGCGUGAACUUCCGCAUAGUGGGAAGACUUCAAUGCUCGGCGUUUGACAGGUAGGGGCUUGCGCAACUAGAACUCUCUCGUCCGAUGCGAGUGCCGGUGCGAGAUCGCAACACUCUGCAGCUCUCCACGGAUCAUUUUGGCGUCAUUCAUCUUGCACUCAAAAGGUGUCUUGUGUAGCUAGCUGUGCAGUUUAUCUCAUCUUCCUCUUGAAACAACGACGGGAGUCUACCGUUUCCACCACUCUAAGUUCGUCAUGAUGACCUCUCCGGCUCGUGGGAUUUUAGUGCUUGUUUUCGUCUUGCACGCUGCGUCGUGCCAGAACCAGGAUACGAAUGACGUCAUGCUUGCGUCAGACUUCGACGACAAUAACCCGUCCACUGAUGAGUUAAUCACUGAGCUUGAAAACGUGACUUCUGGAAAUGACACAGAAAGCUACUGCCAAAGUUUCUGGUCUGAGGAUCCGAAUAUCGGUGAGAACUUGACGUGGCCCGAAGCAUACGCUGGAAGUACCGUCGGCGUCGUCCUACAAGACAGCAUAUGCGGGGCUCAAGUUUUCAGAGACUGCAUGGAAGGAGGCCAGUGGAGUGAAAUUCACACUAUUGACCCAUCGGAAUGCCUUGCCGAUACAGUUUUCAAGAUACUGGUCUUUAUCGGUUUUGGAGUGUCGCUCGUUGCUUGCGUGACUGCUUUUGCUAUCUUCACUAUGACAAGGUCCUCACUCCGUGGACUCACACACUAUCAGUACCACAUCCACUGGAAUCUCAUUACAUCCUUCAUACUCUACCCAGUCGUGUUGCUCAUAGUCAUCGGUUUGAAGACUACCAAUGUGCAGCCACCUUUGUGGCUUUGGAACCUCCUUACCGUCUUACUGGGCUACUUCGUCUUGGCUAAUUUCUUCUGGAUGCUAGUGGAAGGUCUGGUCCUCUUCGUGCUCGUAGCCACUGCUUUUCCCGGCUCCCAGCGAGGCAGGGCGUUCGUCAAGUGGUGCCUUAUUGGAUGGGGUAUUCCUGCUGUACUCAUGACCGCAUGGAUAAUUGCCGAGAGAGCUCUGACACCAGAAGGCAGCGACUUCAUUUUACAAAUAAAUAAAGCCGACGCUGCAAACUACGGCUGUUUGACAGGCCCGGUCUUUCUUGCUUUGGUGAUUAACGGACUUGUUCUGAUUGUUGUCAUGAGAAUCCUAUGGCAGAAACUACGAGAUGACGCUAGGAAUACCACGCGCUAUUCGCGUGAGAGAUCCUCGUGGCGAGCAGCCAAGUCGACGUUCGUGAUCCUGAUCCUGCUGGGCGUCUACUACGCGUUGCCGAUCCUGGUCUUUAGCUUCGACCCACCGUUCCUCGUUAAGUACGUAAUCAGCAAGAUCGGCAACAUCGUCAACUCGUUCCAGGGUCUGGCCGUGUGCACUCUGUAUGUCUUCUGCAAUGCCGAGGUACGUGAACAGGUUCGCCGAGCCCUCAGGAACUGCCAUCGGAGGUUCCGCAACAGGACAAACCUGACCUUCUCCACGCGCUUGUCGUCUCCGAGCAUGAGCAGGAGCGCCACCCCGCGCCACAGCAAGUCGCAUUCCUCCAGCGAGGGUAGCGCCACCAAGCGGCCGAGCACCAGCGGGGCCGAGGUUGAGGCCGCCGAGAUGGCCGUAUUAGCCGAGGAGAUGACCCCGCAACCGAGGCGGCAGACAUACUUGGUGAUGGAGCCGCUACUCGAAGAACCUAGCGAGUGUGGACGCGGGGAUUCGGGACCUGCUGAUGUCUAGCCAAACAAAA